GCUGCAGGGACCACAACCGACAUGAGGGCUGCGUUCCUGGUGCUGCUCCUCUGGGCCGUAGCCUGCGCUCACCCUGUGCCCGACCGCGAGCCCGGCCGCCCCCACCACAGUGCCCAGCAGGAGGACACAGCGAGUGAAGAUUACAUCAACAAGCUGGGCAACCUCCUGGGUGGUGGAGAUGGCAGACAUCCACCUGCCAGUGCGGAGAAGGGGGACAAUGCCCUUGCCGGGGACCCGGCAGGUGGGAACGCCGUGGGUGAGGAGGUGGGCGAGCACGGUGGCCAAGACAAGGGAGGCAGAGUUGGGGAGGCUCGGCACCUGAACCGGGUGGACCACGAGGACACAAGUGCAUGGGAUGGCAACGGCCUUGGUUUCCUGGAGGAGGAUGCACGUGAUGCUGAUGACGGUGACAACGGAGAACGCCACAGCACUGGAGUCAAUGGGCUUCCCUCUCACGCCGGCGGGCUCCUGGACGAGGAGGACGACAGUGGGGACGACACCUUCGAUGACAAGGGAGAAGAGGAGGGGGGCGAAGGUCCUACUUAUGUGGCUGGUGCUGACGGGGCAGGUGAACACGGCCACGACACUGGACGUGGGGACGCCGGGGCUGGCAGAGGGCACGGCGACAGCAGCAGUAGUAGCAGCAGCGAGAGCAUCGGGGCGGACCACCGGUGGUACAGGAGCUACCUUGGCAGCCGGUAUGAGCGGACCUACAGGCAGGGAGGGGGCAGCAGCAGCAGCCAGGAGGAGGAGAGCUACGACUUUGAGGACGAAGCCAUGCAGGGCGAUGACCCCUCCAUCUUCGAUGGCCUGGGCAGCAGCUACAAGGGGCGCCGUGCUGGCCCUCGUGCCCUGGGGAGCAGCCGAGAGAGCGGCCAGGGGGCUGGCUCCCACCGCUGGGAGGAGAGAGACAGCAGGUCCCCAGAGGUGGAGGAUGCUGACUUGGGAGAAGACAGCCCGUCCGUGGAGGACAACAGUCAGUCGGAAGAGCCUGUCGACAGCCAGUCAGAGGAAGACAGCACCAGCCGCUCUGGGGAGGAUGGAGAUGGGGAGGAUAGCCCCUCCAGGGAGGGUGAGGGCAGCGAGUCCAGGGAGGGCACCACUGACCAGUCAGACGAAGAGCUGGGGGAGUCCCCGGAGGACAUCUCCCAGGAGGUGGUGAGCACAUCGAGCGAGCGCAGCGGCAGCCAGUCCCGGGAAGGGCAGGAGGACCGGGAGUCUGCCGAGGACAGGAGUGCGCCAUCCACGCCUGACAGUGAGUCCGGGGAAGAUGAGGGCGACCAAAGCAAGUCCGGGGAAGAUGACGACCAGAGCCAGUCCACAGAGGACACUGUGGAGGAGUCAAAGGAGGACGAGAAUGACUCCGACCCUGACGGGGAUGUGCUGAGCACAUCAGCCGAGAGCCAGAGUGUAUCCCCAGAGGAUGACAGCAGCCAAGAGGACAAUACAGGUGAGGACAGCAGGUCCACAGAGAGCAAUAACAGCGAGUCCCAGGAGGAUGAUGAUGAUGAGGAGGAGAGCCACUCCCAGGAGGAUGCCACCCAUGAGUCCAGCAGCCGUGGGGAUGACAGCUCGCCACAGAGCCUGGAGAGCAGGAGCCGUAAACGGCGGCCGGGUGCCUACCACAAGAAGCCUGCUGCCGACUACGAUGACAACGACUGUCAGGAUGGGUACUGACACGUGCC